AUGCAGAUGCAAAGAGCGGAUAUUCAUCCCCGAAAAGCACCAACAAUUACUUCCAGCGCUAAUUUGACUCCUCGACAACCAAUGUCGGAUAACCAUUCAAUGACUGCUUCGGAACUUGAGUGCGAGCCGUUGGUGACGGAUUUCGAUGAGAUUUUGGAGGCUUACCGAAGCAUGUCUAAUGACCAGCAAGAAAUUGAAAAGGUGUGCCUUGACUUGUGCCAGAUCAUCAAGUCGGAGCAGGAAAACUGGCGGCUCGGCAAGGAGCAGCUUCAUUUGAUGGCGUCUCAGUUGAAAAAGUACAAGAAAGACGUUCAUCAAAUGAGCACGAAGCUUCAGGGCGUCUACAACGAUCUCCAGGAAGAACAUAACCAUCGAAUGCGACUCCAGUCUCGCCUGGAAGACAUGGAGCGAGCUUUCGCACUCAUGCAAGAAAUUGUCUUCGACGACGACAACAUUCAAAUUGGGGAUGAUAUCCGCGAGACUUUUGCUGAAGUCAAGCAGCGAUACGAUGAAUCUUGCAACCAGGACACUACCAUUGGCAAGAUUGUUGCCAAUGUUGCCUCCAUCAAAUCUGAGUCACCAGCAGAUUUGGAGCUGAACUCAUUCUCGGAGCCUGAAUCCGACCUCAACGCAAUGUACGGAGAACUCUACGCUCAACGAGCGUCUCAAAGUGCUCUCCCUGCUCCUUCCAGCCGAAGCGCACGCGUAUUCGACCACCAGAAAGUGCACGCUGGAGAGUACAUGUCCUCAACACCCUCUGUCAAUUUUCAGCAGGUGUCUCCAAUCAAGCGCGCCCUGAAAAUUUCGCCCGUUGUUAAAACUCGUCUCACACCUCAGCCCGCGUCCCCGAAGCCCAAAUCAAGACUGGCUGAGGAGCCUUCUUUUGUCGAGGAUAUGAUCGUGGCAGAGGAAAUUUACCAACAGAAGAAAUAUGAAGAUGUGCCCAUGGCUUUGAUCAAGGCGCCAGAGUGUGUUCCAACUGAGCUCGUUUUUUACGCCUCUGCUUUGGCGAACAAGCUCAACCAUCACGGACUCUACGUCACUUCCCCCGAAACUGAGGAAGUUGAAAUUAUUGACAACAUCAAGAAGCUCCUUCGAAACGGCGAGUAUGAUGAUGAUGAGAUGCUUGAACAUCUGUGGACGCAGUCCACCAACAUUCUCUGCCAGUUGAUGAAGGACUUCUUUUCCGACUCGAAGGUUAAGAUUUUUGAAGCCGAAAGUGACUCUAUGAUGUCACUGAUGCAAGCUGUGCGGUGCUGCAACACGCAAUCAGUUCAGGAUCAUCUCAUCGCUCUUGCCCCAAAACCGCGCUGCCAACUUGCCUUCCUUCUCCAGCAUCUCCAGGGUGCUAUGGCAGCUGGUCGUACUCCUGGCGAGCUUGCUGGUGCCUUUGGAGCUGUUCUUGUUAGCGCUGGCAGCAAGAAUAAAAAUGAUCCAAAAGAGUUGCUCGAGUAUUUGCUCAGCCUUGACGUGACUUUCGUCCGAGACCUUCUCGAUACCGCAAAGACAACCGGCACAGAAGCGUCCUACAGUAGCAUGCUUGGGCCCGUGGGAACCCCACGAUCCAAAGCUUUCUCCAAGAUGAUCGAGGAGCGCAAAAACAAGCUCCUCCAGAACUGCGACAUCAAGCUUUUCACCCAAAGCCCAAAGAACUAG